AUAAACCUUCUCCUCAAUUUUUUUUCCCUUGUUUUACACUUUCUUCCUCUAAUGUUAUGCCUUCUAUAAAAAAAUUAAAAAGUGUUAAAAAAAGCUUACACAGAUCUUUGAAUGAGAAUUUGUUGGCUGGGCAUGACGUGCAAUCAGAUGAUCAACAAGAACAGUCGCCAUCCUUCAUGUCUUUUGCACCCAAAGUCAAAGUGAACACUUCUGAUAUUCAACGUCGAUAUACCCAAAAGAAACAGCCUCUAAGUAUGGAUGCUUUUAUUACCGAAUUCGAACAAGAAAGAAGUCCAACUCCUUUAAUUAUUGAGGAUAGCAGUAUGGUCUCAUUUGAUGAUGAAAACCAGGACUUCUCAGAUACCGCCAGAUUAACAGUAAAUGCAUCAUCUGUCUCUGGUUUUCAUCAAAAUAAGGUACAACAAGAUGAUACAUCCAGACCUUCAUCUCAGCAACACAGAGCUUCACACGUUUAUGAGCCUGCCUUAAUAGAUCCCGAGGUAGAUCAACGAACAAGAAAAAUCAAUAAGUUUAUCCACUUUGAUAAGAAGGCUGCACUCAAAAGAACAUCGAGAGCAAUACGUCGAUUAUCAAAAAGGGUUAUCAAUGUGCAUAAUAAUAAUAGUGACAGCUAUAUUCAGCCUCAACAACAAGCCCAGCCGCACACAACCGCACUGCCACAACAAAAUGGACCGGAUUCAGAUACUUUCCCUCUUAUUCACCAAGGUAUACAUAAUAAACCAUAUCAUAUGUCAAAACCGAAUCAUUUGCUGGCGCAUGCUGCAUCGUAUUAUAUCAAUCCAGAAAAGAAGGAUGCCAAAGAAUAUAUUCAUUUAAGUGGAUAUAGUUUAAAACUACUUUCACCAACAAAUCCGUUUCGAAUACUCUUGGCAGAUAUAUUGUGUUGGAAAUGGUACGAGACUUUCAUGAUGUUACUGUUGGCCUUUCAUGGCACUACCUUAUUCGUUGUUGGCUGGGGAACAAAUUCUGAUCCAGAGCCACCAAACCAAUGGGAAGGAACAUGGGAUCAGUUUUCACUUUUAGUCAUAUUUUCAUUAUACACGCUAUUUAUGCUAUGUCAGAUUAUCGUUUAUGGACUCUUUAUCAACCCCAAACACACCAAAACUGCGUUUCUUCGACAUAGUUGGAACCGAAUAGAUUUUGUGUCGAUUAUCGCUUACUGGAUUGAUUUUGGACUGUUGUUAACCCAACAAGAGAUUAACGAUGAAGCCGGACGGCGAUUGCUUGUAUUUAAAAUGCUGUCAGCGCUCAUUCUACUCCGAUUAUUAAACCUCACAGAUGGUAAUCGAGUUAUUUUGAACAGUCUGAAAAAGGCUGCACCUUUAUUGGUCAACGUCUUGUACUUCGUGCUGUUCUUUUUCGUUAUUUUUGCAAUCGUCGGUGUUCAGUCAUUUAAAGGCUCAUUUAAAAGACAUUGCGUGUGGCAUGAUCCAGCCAAUAGUACAAACACCGUUGAAUUAAGUCAAUAUUGUGGGGGGUACAUUGACGAAUUCGGCAAUACAGUGCCUUACAAGCUCAAAAACAAUGAGAGUGCACCAUGGUCGAAAGGAUUUAUUUGUGAGAAUGGAUUGAUCUGUCAAGAAACUGAAAAUCCAUUUGGCGGGACAAUUAGUUUUGAUAAUAUUUUUGAAUCCAUGCUGCUCGUCAUGAUCAUUACUGGCGUACAGUCUUGGACAGAUCGUAUGUACGAUAUGAUGGAUGCCGAAUACUUCAUCGCAAGUCUUUAUUUCGUUAUUAUUGUCAUCGUUAUGAAUUUUUGGUUGGUCAAUUUAUUUAUCGCCGUCAUUACCGAAAUGUUUGCUAAAGUGCGAGAAGAUUCUCAACAUUCAGCUUUCACAAGUUCGAGUAUUAAACCCGUAUUAGCAGAUGACGAAGAAGGCUGGGCCUUUGAUGCAAAGCGAGAAGAAGCCUUAAAGCUAAGGAAAAUGACAACUUUGAAUUUAAUUGUUAAUUUUAUGAAGCCCUUUUGGCUGCUUCUUAUCGCCGUGGAUUUAUUUUGUAUGGCAGCCAAAAACAAUGACAUGUCGGAUUUCGAAUUGGAAUCAUUGUCUAUGGUUGAAUUAGUAUUAUCCUUGGCCUUUCUGUUUGAAAUACUGCUGCGAUUAUUGAAUGAUAGAAACGAUUUAAAGGGAUUUUUCAUGAAUAAGAUGAAUUCAACGGAUCUUAUCAUUGCAGUUAUCACCUGUAUUAUACAAAUACCGCCUAUUCGCAAACAUACCUUGGUGUAUAUAUGGUUCACUGGAUUCCAAGUGCUUCGAAUAUACAGACUAGUUGCAGCUGUUCCUCGUUUAAGAUCUCUUAUGUCUCGAGUUUUGGGAAGUGUCCAUGGUUUGAUCAAUUUAUCCUUCUUCAUUGUGCUAGCGACUAUUAUUACUGCUAUCAUUGCUUACCAAUUGUUUGAAGGUGUAAUUCCAUCUGAUUCGGGCGAGGAAAUGAGAUUCUUUUCGAUUUACAAUUCAUUUGUCGGUUUAUAUCAACUAUUUUCUGGCGAAGAUUGGACUACGGUAUUGUACAAUGUUAUGGAAGCAGGUUCUACCAAUGGAAAUAGUGCCAUUUAUGCCUUGUUUCUUGUUUUUUGGUUUGCUUUUUCUAACUUCGUUUUGGUAAAUAUGUUUAUUGCUGUAUUGAUGGAAAAUUUUGAAAUUGCCGAAAACGACAAGCGUAAAAACCAAAUUCUUCACUACAUGAAAAAAACAGAAAACGAAAUCGACAAGAAGACAGUGGUGAGUCGAUGGAAUAUUUAUCGAUAUUUUAAAGCCAAGCCAAAAGAAUUGGAUGUUACCAACAUUCCUAGUAAUUUGGUACUGUCUGUGCAGAAAAGCAUUGUGCGAGAAUUUAUGAAUGAAGCCGAUCAGCAACAUGAGCCUGUCCUCGUAUCUUCAAAAUCAGUGGAUGAGCCACAUGGCGGUUUAAAAAGAGUACAGAACUUCUUGUCAAAACUGUUUCCGGAUUCUAAUAAUAAAGUGACAGACCAACCAAAGUUCAAUAAUCGAACCAGUCUAUACCUCAACCCUGGAACAAACGCUCUAGAUCAAGUAGGCACCUUUUACGACUUCAAGAAACGAGGAGGAGAAAUUAAUGAACCAAGAUCGUUGAGGUAUUUAGUAGACCCGACGCUUAGAGAAAAUGUUGCUACUCGCUUUCAGCAGGAGGCUGCAGAUCACGACAUUGAUGAACGAAGGGCUUUGAAACGGGAUUUUAUUCUAGCUCAUCCCAGUUACGAUAAAUCUUUGUAUAUAUUUUCGUCCGGUAACCCAAUUCGAAGGUGGUGUCAGCUCAUUGUUCAGCCUAGUCGCGGUGAGCGUAUAUUUGGUACACCUCCCUCAAGAUGGGGCAGCAUAAUAUUUUUGACGAUCAUUACUAUAUGUGUACUAGCUAAUGUUGUGCUUACAGUUUACAACUCGCCAGUAUAUCAGCACGAACAUCGUGGUAACCCGGCUGUUCUCCAAAGAUUUAUUAAUCUAGAUUGGGCAUUUACGGUGAUCUUCACGUGUGAAUUCCUUAUUAAGGUGAUUGCCGAUGGUCUCUUAUUAACACCCAACGCUUAUAUGCUGAACGGUUGGAACCUUUUAGACGUCUUUGUCUUGAUCUCUUUAUACAUGUCAAACUUUGGAAGGUUCACAGGCGCUACAGGUCUAGAGCGUGGGUUUCGAGCUUUUAAAGCAUUAAGAGCUUUACGGUUGAUUAAUUUACUGGGACCUGCUAAAGAAACAUUUACAGCUAUUCUGGUAACGGGUUUACCACGUAUUCUUGAUGCCGCAGCUUUAGGUCUUUGUCUUAUUGUGCCUUUUGCUCUUUAUGGCCAGAAUAUCUUUAUGGGCUUAUUUUAUAACUGUAAUGACGGUGAUGAGAUGACAAAAUUUGGCUGUUUGAACGAAGGCAUGUUGGAUAUGCAAGAGCCUCAGCCUGAUGGUGCUACCAUGUAUAUGCCCCGCAUUUGGGCCAACCCGUAUGUGUAUAGCUUUGACUCGUUCUGGAGCUCGCUUUUGAUUCUGUUUGAAAUUGCCUCAGGUGAAGGCUGGGUGGACGUUUUGGCUACAAGUAUGAGUGUUAUGGGUAAAGAUCAGGCUACGCAACAAGACGCAAGUCAACUUUGGGGUAUUUUCUUUAUGGUCUAUAAUCUGGCUGGUUCUGUCUUUGUAAUCUCGCUCUUUUUGGGUGUUGUUAUUGAGAACUUCACGAGAAGAAAUGGUACAGCGUAUUUGACAGGUGAUCAACGACGUUGGUUAGAUCUGAAAAAAUUGUUAAACCAGAUUCGCCCUGCCAAAAGACCCAAGGUCAUGCCAUCUAACCCAUUUAGAAAGAUUUGCUUCAAUUUAACUGUGGAAAAAAGAGGAAAAUUUUACAAGUUUAUGACGUUCAUUAUCUCGCUAAAUAUUUUGUUCUUGUGCACAGACUCUGCUAAUGAUUUAGAUGGUAACGAGGAUAAUGGGGCUAAAGGCUGGAGUCGUGUAAAGGUGUAUAUUUAUCUGGUGUUUAUUGGAAUAUAUUGGCUUGAAAUCAUGGUUAAACUUUUGGGUCUUGGAUGGAAGUCUUUUAGAAGAAAUCUCUGGAAUUUGUUUGAUUUGACCAUGGUGAUCGGAAGUUUUAUUACAGCUAUUAUUACUUUGGGGAAUCCGAACCUGCAAGUGAACGUGGAAAGUCAGAAACUGUUUAUGACGGCCCUUUGUUUCAAGUUGGUUCAACGAAGCGAUAGUCUGAAUCAGCUGUUUACAACGAUGGCAGCCUCUGCAUAUCAGAUCGUCAAUGUGUUUGCUGUCUGGUUUGUGGUGUUGACGACCUAUGCCAUCAUGUUUAUGCAGAUCUUUGGUCUAACAAAAUACGGACCUAGUGCGCAAACAGAGCACAUCAAUUUCCGAUCCUACAGCAAUACAAUGAUUUCCUUGGUGCGGUAUUCUACGGGAGAAGGAUGGAAUGCCAUUAUGCAUGAUUUCACGGUAGAAUUCCCCAAUUGUGUUGUUGCAGAUGAUUACCUUGAUUCAGAUUGCGGCUCUUUAAGAUGGUCGUACUUUUUAUUUUUAACUUUUAACAUUAUUUCCAUGUAUAUCUUUAUUGCCAUUUUCGUCGCUGUUGUGGCCGAUAAUUUUUCGUAUGUGUACCAGAUCAAGGCAAAUUUCUCGCUGGUGAACCGAGACGAAAUCCGUAAAUUUAAAAUGAUUUGGGCUUCUGUUGACACGGAGAGAACGGGGUAUAUAUCUGCGAGUCAGUACAUGACACUUUGGCGUAAAUUGGAAGGUAUUUUCACUGUGAGAAUUUUUGAACCUGAAUACUCGUACAAGAACUUGGUGAAAGAAUGUAGUACAAAUACUGUCAAUGAGGAAGCGGGACACCAUUUAGACAUGCAUGCAUUAAAUGAAAAACUAAAUCAACUGGAUAAACGAGAAAUACACGCGAAAAGACAUGAUUUAGAAAAGAUUUAUUGGGAAACGGCACUGGUGGAAUCUACGGCAAGAGGUGUAUCGUUCAACCAAAUGUUACUAAUGCUCGCACAAAGGAAAUUAAUUGUUCCUGAGAACUCACUCAUAUUGGAAGAGUUAUUAGAAAAUCAGAAAAAGGAUGAAGCGAUUCACACAUUGAUCUCUAUUGAUCGAGUUAGAGGGUUAAUAGAAACGAUCGCUUUAAGAAAAAAAUUCCUUAAACAUUUAGCAAACAUUAAAAAGCAACCCGAAGUCCCUGCUAUUGUCAUUGACAACACUGAUGUAAUAGUAGCACAACAGCAAGAUGAUGGGACACCAAUCAGUGGUCACCCUGAUCUCAGGUCAUACAAUGGUAGCUCGGUUGUUUCCUCUGCAAAUCAUAGCGUUUCUUCCGUCUACGACCAUUACUUGUCAAGCGAUGAAGAAAAUGAGGAUGACGUUGAUGAAGAAAUUCUACAAGAGGGGGAGGAGGAAGAUAGUAUUAUUGAAGAUGUUCCAUCUCAUGAUAUCUGGAAAGAAAUGUUGAGAAACGCAGAUAGAUAAUUUGAAGGGGAGGCUUAUUUUCCCGUAAAGCAGUCACAUGACUACUUUUUUUUUUUUUUGACUUUUUUUUU